CCGGAAGCGGAAGAGCAGCUCACGUGUGUCUGUGGGAGCUGAGUGUGAGCAGUAGGAAGCAGUGAUGGCUGAGUUCGUCCAGCGGCGGAUUGAGGACAGGAUCCCCGAAUUAGAGCAGCUCGAGAGAGUGGGGUUGUUCACCCGGAAGGAGAUCAGAUCUGUCGUUAAGAAGGUUACGGCUUUAGAAUACAAAAUAAAACGGAGAUCAGUUGCCAAGGAAGAUUUUAUCAACUAUGUCCAGUAUGAAAUAAACUUUCUAGAGCUACUGAAGAGAAGAAGGGUGCGAAUUGGUUAUUUUUUUAAGAAGGAAGAAAUUGAUUAUACCAUUGUUCAAAGAAUCCAUGAGCUUUUCAGUCGAGCCACAAACAAGUGGAAGAACGAUCUGCAACUCUGGAUGUCCCAUGUGGCAUUUUGCAGGAAAUGGAAUUGCUCGUCACAGCUCAGCAAGAUCUUUUCUGCCCUGCUCGCUGUUCAUCCAGACAAGCCAGCGUUAUGGAUCAUGGCAGCCAAAUGGGAAAUGGAAGAUCAGCUUUCCUCCGAGAGUGCGCGACAUCUCUUCCUACGAGCAUUGCGCUACCACCCAGAUUCACCCAAAGUUUAUGAAGAAUAUUUUCGAAUGGAGCUGAUGAAUGCAGAGAAACAAAGAAAAGAGAAAGAUGAACUGGAGCAAGCCAAAAUGGACAUUGGCGAAGCAGAGUAUUCCGAAGAUAUCCUUAAUGGUCAGUUGUCUCGGGUAGUUUACAAGACUGCUGUCCAGAAAAUAAAAGGUGCACGGUUCCAUCUAAAUCUCCUAUCCAUUGCCAAAUUGUUUGAUUUCACGCAGGACCUGCAAAAGGAAAUCCUUGACGACUUGAAAGUCCUUCAUGCCCAGGAUCCUUUAACGUGGGACUUCAUGGCCCGGCAGGAGCUGGAAGCGAAAUCUCCAUCUUCAUCAGAAUAUGCGUCAAAGAAGGCAAAAGCGCUCGAUCUGGAAUGCAAAGAGGAGCGUUGCAGCAAUGUCUAUAAAAACUCCCUGACGUCGGUGCAAACAGAGGCCAUGUGGGAUUUGUAUAUCACUUUCUGCUUGGAAAGAUUUAAACGAAAGACCAACAGCAAGGAGCUGCAGCACAAGAGACAAGAGCGGUUAUUUACUGCCUUCAAAGAGGCUCAUGAAGCAAAUAUGUUGCCUGAACAGAAAUACACAGAAUGGAUAUCCCAGCUUGUGACUUUGGGUCAGGCUGAGCCUGCGGUGGACAUUUCUAUUGCUGCCACAGAACGAUAUGGUGGCUCCGUGGCUCUGUGGCUGUUGCGUUUGGAAGUUCUAAUCUCUCUGGAGAGCGCAGAUGUCGGUUCAGUUUUUGACGAAGCAUUUAAACACGUGAAAGCCCAGGGAAGCCUGCCUUUAUGGAAUUUGAUGGUUGAGUGGAGCGAAAAAAGAGAAAACAAUUCAGACAAAACAGAAUCUCUCUUUCAGAAAGCCAUUCUAGUUCAGAACCCAGCUGUAUCCACGGCUAUGAAGGAGAAAUAUCUAGACUGGGCUUACAGGACCAAGGGGUACAAGAAAGCCAAGAAAAUCUUCACAAGUUUGCACGAGAACCGUCCAUUCUCUGAAGAGUUUUUCCUAAAGAUGAUUGAAAUAGAAAAGGAACAGGAACACUGUAAUGUGCAGAACCUGCGGGAGUACUACGAGCGUGCAUUGAGAGAGUUUGGCGCCACACACCCAGAUCUGUGGUUGGAUUACAUUAAAGAAGAACUCAGCCAUUCCGAGGGGAAACCUGAAAACUGUGGGACGCUUCACUGGAGAGCGAUGAAAAUGCUGCAGGGUGACAACGUGGAAGAAUUUGUUAACAAGUACACGCUGUUACAAACAGGAGAUUUAUAAACUGUCGCUGUGAAAUUGCUUCCUAUCUGGUUUUGUAAUAUUAAAUGUUAUUCGUUUACAUUCA